GACGAGAUUCCAGCGGGGGAUGACGACCUCGCCAUAUUUGCCAUUUCCUGCUUACGUGAAACAGCCUCUUCUUAGAAUUUCUCCUUUUCUGAAGAAAACACGGCAAGCAAGACUUCCAACCGUACAUCUUUUAAUAGUUAAAGAUACACGGAUGUGCGCGACGUCGUUCGUUACAGCUAGAUACUUUUCUGUAAGUUAAACUUGUUCGCAGAAAAUGAGGUGACGAAUGCCGGGCUUGACGUUCGGUCAGGUGGGAUUUUCGCCGUGAGUACGUAGUGCACUCACCUUCACAAAAGGAUCCAUUUUCUCAGAAAAUAUCUACCAGAAGACAAGCAAUAUCCCUCCACAAUGUACCCACCGUCAGUGCUGCUGCUAGCUACAGUCCUGGUACUUCUAGUAUCUAGAGGCACAUUAGGAGAAGAAAAGCCCAAGUUGUACAGUAACCAAUGGGCAGUCGAGGUGGUAGGAGGAGAGGCAGAAGCAAGAAAGCUAGCUCAGUCACAUGGAUUCUCUUAUAAAGGAAAGAUCCUGAAUGGUAUCUAUCUGUUUGAGCACAGAGCUGUUUUUAAAAGGUCACUGAGACAAAACCUACAAAGGCAUCAACGACUAAGGAGAGAACCUACUGUGAGAUGGCUGGAGCAGCAAGAAAUCAGGAGGAGAGUAAAAAGAGACCUAAGACAAAAGAGAACAAUUGAAUUUAGUGAUCCUGAGUGGUCAGCAAUGUGGUACCUGCAUAACCCCAAUAACCUGGACAUGAACGUGAUCCCGGCCUGGGAGAAGGGGUACACAGGGCAGGGUGUGGUGGUCACCAUCCUGGACGACGGCAUUGAGAGGGACCAUCCUGACCUGGAGAGGAACUACGAUCCGGAUGCGAGUUAUGAUGUGAAUGGAAAUGACCCGGACCCUAUGCCGAGGUACAACCCAAGCAACGAAAACAGACAUGGAACCCGCUGUGCUGGGGAGGUGUCUGCCGUUGCCAAUAACGAUGUCUGUGGGGUCGGCAUCGCCUACAACUCCCAUAUCGGAGGGGUGAGGAUGCUGGAUGGUGACGUGACUGACGCCGUGGAAGCCAAGUCCAUCGGGCUGAGACCACAGCAUAUAGACGUCUACAGCGCUAGCUGGGGACCGGAUGACGACGGACGAACAGUUGAUGGUCCUGCAUCUUUGGCAAAGAAAGCAUUUGAAGACGGUAUCAGAGAGGGUCGUGGAGGGAAAGGCUCCAUAUUUGUCUGGGCGUCUGGGAAUGGCGGUCGUGACGAGGACAGCUGUAACUGUGACGGCUACACCAACAGUAUCUACACCAUGUCAGUCAGCAGUGCCUCCGAGAGAGGAAACAUCCCCUGGUACCUGGAGAAGUGCUCCUCCACCCUGGCAACCACCUACAGCAGUGGCUCAGGGGCAGAGAGGCAGAUAGUCAGUACAGAUCUAAGACAUCGCUGCACAGAGUCUCACACAGGGACGUCAGCUUCUGCCCCCCUGGCUGCCGCCAUUGUCGCCCUGACACUGGAGGCCAAUCCCAACCUAACCUGGCGUGACUUACAACACAUCGUGGUCAGAACUGCCCGGCCAGACAACCUAAAUGCUGAUGACUUCACAACCAAUGCUGCUGGAUACAAAGUGAGCCAUGCCUUUGGGUUUGGCCUGAUGGAUGCAGGGGCCAUGGUGAACCUUGCCGAACGAUGGCAGAACGUUCCCACACAGAGGGUGUGUUCUUUGUCUGCUAUGAACAGACAGACUUCCAUCCCUGCGUCUAACCGACUGGUCCUCCACAAAACCACUGACGGGUGUAAGGGCACAGAUAAGGAGGUGACCCGACUGGAACAUGUGCAGGCCAGACUCACCAUCACAGCCAUGCGCCGCGGAGAACUCCAGAUCUACCUGACCUCACCGUCUGGGACCAGGUCAACACUGCUGGAUCACAGGUCCCGGGAUGACUCCACUAGUGGCUUCAAUGGCUGGGAGUUUAUGACAACUCACACGUGGGAUGAGAACCCUGAGGGAACAUGGACACUAGAGAUCAACAACAUGGACAGGCAUGCAGGCAUGUUGAAAGAGUGGACCCUUGUGUUGAGAGGAACAUCGGAGAGCCAGGGCAGCCAUGGGAACCCACACACACCCCACCCACAGCUCUGUACACAGACAGACAGCAAUGGAGUUUGUAUAGAGGGCUCAACCCACCAAGUCCCCCCAUCCACACCCUUGGCCUCUACAACAAUAAAGCAGGAAAGUACGUCCACUGCCACUUCUACAGCUGUUAAAACGGAGCGAAAGUCCACUACUAUGAAAACAGAGGCAGUUACUCCGAUACCCAGUGCAGCAACUUUGGAGCGCUCUACCCACCAAGUCCCCACAUCCACACCCUCGGCCUCUACCACAAUUAAGCAGGAAAGUACGUCCACUGCCACUUCUGCUGCUGUUAAAACGGAGCGGAAAUCCACUGCUGUGAAAACAGAGGCAAUCCCGACCCCGGGCAAGGCAACGUUGGAAUGCAAGGAACCAAACUACCUCUUGGACGACAUGUGUGUGAAAACCUGCCCCAAUAGGUACUACCCAUCAGCCUCCAGCGACCAAUCACAGGGAAGGACUUGUGAGUCAUGUGACAAGACCUGUCUGACCUGCUCUGGUGCACAGCCCUAUCAGUGCCUUACCUGCGGCCCCCUCUCCCACCUGUUUAACAACACCUGUUUCCCCAUGAAACAGCUUCCUCUCGACCAAGGGCCUUACCUUUUCUAUGUAGCUGCCGUGUUCUUCUGUGUCCUAGCUGUCGUUCUCUUCUUUGUGAUCUUCGGUAUCCUGCACAUGAGGACAAACAAUAAGUGGUGCUUCAAAGAGGAAGUCCAGUAUGUGGAUCUGAACGGCCUCGGUCAGAAAGAUCGCAAUGGACUGGUCACGGAGGGUGAGAUGUUCCUCAGCAGUGAUGAAGAAGAUCUAUACAGUCGAGAGUGAGGGGGUUCAACCCACCCCGCUGUAAAACUGCUGUCAGGAAUUUUCAACAUGAAGUUAUUAUGGACACAAGCAGGAAAAUGUUAUGAAACUACAAACAAUGGAUCAAUCUGUCUGUAUUUAUAAAUGGGUUCCCUUGUAUUUUAGAACAACUGAUCAAAUUAUGUAUAUACAGAUAUAUGUAUGGGAUCAUAUUGUUUGGGGGUGGGAAUGGAAUUGAUGCAGCUAUGUAUGACAUAGAAGAACAAGAACCAUAUUUUCUGUCCUGAACUGUGACUGUGCCUUUAUUUCUAUACAUUUCAUUGAUUGAAAAUCAGCUUACAUAAUUCUUUUGCAAUGUCAGGCCAUAUUCUACUCUUACAUGUACGAAGACAAAAGGAAAGUGUCCUUGUUUCGUUUUAGCCUACUGAACAAAGUUACCUGGAAAAUCAUAGAAAUGUCGUGCAAUAUCAUCAUAGUCAUUGUGUAAGGAAGGAAAACAAUAAGAGAAUUAAGCAGAAUGUGACCAAUGAAAUUGGCGGAGGGGACAAAUGGCAUGUCCAAAUUGUGCAGCUCAACUUCAUUUGUUCAGCACAAUCAGAUUGUAAUGAUCCCUCUAACCUCAACUUCUGUAAUACAAGAUGAUAGUAUGGAUAUGUACGAUAAUCUGGUUUACGGUAUAAACUAAGCAUACAUGAGUCGAUGUAUUGUGGGUAAUAUGACAACGCUGAAGGCCCCAGAGACAAACAGAACAUGUCUGAACAUGUAUCAAUUAUGAUUCAGACAAGAUCUGUUUACAAGUCAGGGGCCUACACCUUUUAUCUCGUGCAUGCACAGUCCAAGCCAUGAACAGUCUGGUUCUGCCAGACUCAGUUCCCCUUACCUUACAUUAGGACAUAGAUGGGUUUCCACAGUUGUUGGUGUUGUUGUGAAGGGAGUCUAUAAUAGCAGAAGUCCUUGUGACCAAAUACCUUCAGAGAAGGUCAACAGUAAGACAAGUUGAGGUAGAAAUUCAGGUGCUUGUUACUGGAUUCAUGAUGAGUAUGUUAAGCAAUGGAGGUGGUGGCUGGUACCUAUAUGAGGUAGAUUAAUAAUAUAUCAGGUUGUUAGUGAUACAUGUUUUGUGUAGGAAAUUGUUUGUCACGAUGUUUAAGGUCUUGUAUUUCCUAAUGCAUGAUUACGAAGAUUUCAAACAUCUAUGUCAAUAACAUUUUUGGCCCUUUUCCUUUGUAAGAUUGUCAAAAAUGAUAAAUCCAAAGAUGUGAGAUUAUUAGUAUAUGUUGUUUAUCAUGGUGGAAAAUUGUGAGAGAAAGGAGAGUUAUUAUAUAGAUGGAGUGGUAGAUCUGUAGACAUAUAUUGUACAGGUACAACAAAAAGACAUAGCUGUGCCAGUAUAGGAGGGAUUCUGUGCCACUGCAGCUGUAGAUAGCAAAAGGAAUGGAGGAAAUUCCAUUUUGUACCAAAGAAUUGGAUUAUUUUUGAUAAAAGAUGUCCACUCCAUGGUGCAGUCUUUGAGCUGUGAGUUCUGUACUGUUACAGUAGCUUGUGUGGGUGGAUAUGCUUGUAAAUAUACAGGACUAAUAAAUCACUGAGUUGUAGUAGAGCAUGUCUCCUUUUACACAGGACUGGAUGUUCAUUCGAAGGGAGUGAAUCGCUGACGAGGUUUGACAUAUUUUUAUUUCAGAGCACUGACAGGGCAAACUUUAACCUUCUCCCAGCUGCUUAACUCCAUUGUCAAUCAAGAAUUGGUAGCCAGAUGGCUUCUUCAGUAUGCUAGAAACAGGUUUGUGACCACAUGGUUAAGCCUCUGAAUCCAGUUUUCCAGGCCAAUGUGAUACUUGAGAGUUCAGCCAAAACAGAAUUACACAUCUCUCAAAGGCCCCCUUUCCACUAGUCUGAGUGACCAUACAGUGACCAAAAUUGUGAGCCUUGAUUUCAUAAUUGGAAUACAGUAUACCUGAAUGCAAUAUGUAAAUGUGUACAAAAGACUCAACCUGUUCUUUUGUGAAAUUCAUUGGGCGAUCACUGAAAUACUAGUAUUUGGUAGCUUAAGGUUGCUGACUAGAAAGGAGAUGUAACAGGACACGGAUUGGAAUAUGCUUUGUUGCACUGCAUUUUGUAGUGGACAGACACACAGUUCAGAUCAGCUCUACUCGCCCAUUUGUUCAUUCUCUAUGGUGUAAAAUCAGAUGCUGUAAAAUCAGCUGUGGUGGGAAAUGAGGUGUAAAAAUAUUAUAUUUCCCAUAGAAAGUAGUGCAUGUAUACGUUUGAUUUUUACCAUUCAAAAUGAAAGUUUAAUUAAUUGUGAGAGUGGCAUUGUUCCAUGUUGUGAACGAAUAUACUAGGGAUAAAAGAUAAUGCUGACAAUUUGUCAUGGCUUAAUAACAAUUUUUCUUUUAAAAGGGAGAUAUAAAAUUCCAGGCAGUGUUGCCUGCUUGUAUCACCUGUUUACUUUAGACUUGUGAUUUUGUUUUAAUUUUAUUUCAUCUGUUGCUUCUGUCUUGCCAUUAUACUAUAGAUUCCCCAUGCUAACCAAGGUUUAACUAUACAGUGCUUCAUGGUGAUUUUCAUUAUUAUUGUUAAUUUGGGAUAAAUAUGCAAGUAACUGUCACUGUGAUGUUUCAUUUUAUUAUUUGCCUGAAAUGAUAGAUUUUGUCUUGAAGUUGUCAGGGAGUUAUAAGAAGUGAAUUAUCUGUGUGUCAACAAAAUCAUGGAUAUGUCAUUUUAACUAUGCAUGUUGUACACAUCUGUUACGACCCCCUUGUCACAUUGUAUGAGAGGUUAUAUAAUGGUUUAUAUUUGAUCAUACACAAGGCCAUAUCAUAUGUAGUUUAAUUAUUCUCAAGCUGAAUGUUUCAUUUUAUUUCUUGUGUACAUUGCAGGCAUUCUGUUGGCAAUAAAGGAUUCUUUCUAUUCCUGA